GGGUUCUCCUCAAAGAGGCUCACGAAUCGUUUUGCCACAGAAGAAAAGCAAGCUGUUUCAGCACGGACAUGGCACCACAUUCCGCUACACACUCCUCUUUUGACCAUCUUUGCUUCAGUGAUAAGGACAAAAAGCCGAGGAAGCCAAUUGUUGAAAAGAUGCGCAGAGACCGCAUCAACAGCAGCAUCGACCAGCUCAAAAAUCUCCUGGAGAAGGAGUUCCACAGCCAUGACCCCAGCACCAAACUGGAGAAGGCCGACAUCCUGGAAAUGACGGUCAGCUUUCUCAAACAGCAGCUUCCUCAGAGGGACUAUGAUGAAGGCUACUCUCACUGCUGGAGGGAGUCUGUCCACUUCCUCACUCUUCAUUCUCCAGCACCUGUGGAGCUCCAGCACCUCCACAGCGCCCAGCGAGCGAGCUCCGCUCCAGCAACACCCUCGUCCAAACUGCAGCAGCCGGACAGCAGGAGAGGUGGCGUCUGGAGACCCUGGUAGACAUGCUGUGAACUGUAAACCCUGAGGGACAGCAAUGUUAACGUCUCUCAUCAAAGUAGGAGAUAUGCAUUUCCAAAGUGAACGUUUGUGUUGUCAUCAUAUUGAUUGGCAAAAACUUUAGAUAAACAUGUGUUUGUCAGUGGAAGGAGGUGGAUUAUUUAUGUACAGCUUUUUUCUGUAUUAUAGCUCUUAGUGUGAUUUUUUUUUUUUUUUACCACAUUACUUGUUUUGUUGUUGUAUGCAUAAUUCAUUGAGGUUGACUCCAGUGGAGUUUUAUGUAUCAGACCUUUGAACUGAUUUUGUAUGUUUUUUCAGAGUAUAUUUUUGUCUGCACUGAGAUUUCUGUAUUGUUGUUUAGGUAAGGCAUGCAUGUUGUACCUUUGAUAAAGGAUCCUGUUCGUUGUCUUGACCAAUUUUAUUAUUAUUAUUCUUAGCAAAUGAGCUCUUACAUCAAAUAUUUUCUGUCAAUAAAAUUCUACAUUUUCAACUAA